ACUCAUAACACACACACACACACACACACACACACACACACAGGGGGAAGGACCUGACUGAUACGGGUGUCUUCUCCUUAAGGUAGUGAUAAACAGAUGCAGACGAACAAAGGACUUUGACACAGUUGGUUUCCAGUGCACUCGACAAAUAGAAACUUUUCAAACCUUUCAACGGGUUUCAUUCAAAAUACUUUGAAUGGAACCUGUUUCCUGCGGUUAGAAAGUUGCUGAUAUUUAAGUUUGGAGGAAAUUUUGUGAGCCGAGAGUGAGUGAGAAGAAAUGCAGCUCAGGGUGGAUUACUGAAGACCUGAGGAUAAAUAUCUAGUCAACAGAAGAAUAUAUCAAGAUUCUACAGUGACCGUCAUAAGGAGUGGAGUAGACGAGCAAGAUGGAGGAAAUCAAAUUCAGAGGAAAGAAAAGAGAGGGAAGGCACAGGGAUACGUGGGAUCCAUUCCAGCUCAACCCAAUCGGAGCUGAGAAGGAAACUAAGAGAAGAUGUUUCCAGCUCACCCAGUACCUGGUGGCUGCUAUCGUUGGUUUAGCCGUCUUGACCAGCGCCGUCAUUUCUAAGGGCUCUCUCUUGGUGUUGUCAACCAUGUCCAGUCCGACCUCUAUGCGCAGCCCAAAGGAGAAGCAGUUCUACAUGCUGAUGCUGGUGUUCUGCCUGGUCUGCCCAAACUUCCUGGUGUUCCUGAAAUCACUGUGGAGGUGUGCCUUCAAGAGCUUUGUACAACCCAACAUGAAGACCAUGGCAUUUAUCUGUGCCAUCGAGUGUCUGGUGUCUCUUGGUACUUCUAUCCUGGUGCUAGUUGUAAUGCCUCAGUUUGAUGUGUUAACUAACCUCUUCAUCAGCGGAGGAGUCUGCAUUAUUUCUGCCAUUCUGCAGAUAAUAUACAGACUACAGAGAGAAACAUGGAAAAUCCUGUUCCCAAUCUGCUCCCUCAUCCUCACAGUUGCUGGUUACUGCCUCCUGGGAGUUGACUACUAUGUCCGUGUAUCAUCAUACGUGGAUCGGCAGGGUGUCGAGUGCUUUAUCUACGUUGGAAUUGGAAUUUUCUCUUCACUCCUCGUCUCCCUCUGCUGGUGGGAAAACCCGCUGCAAGCUACUAAUCGCAUGCAGGAAACACUGUCAGAAUUGGAUGGUUUCAGGGACUUUGUGUUUGUCAUCAGCAGCAUUCUGAGGGUAAUAGUGAUAGGAGCGGUAUACCUGUUCUACCAUGUGCUGAUUGAGAAGUCCAUCAUCUGGUCAAACUUUAGCCUGCAGGAUGAGGACUGGGAAUUACUGCAAAUAGGACUGGUGCUGUUUUUCUUACAGGCCUUCUGCUCAGCGGCCUGCCACUGGUUCGGGGUGGUGGCCUGUAAGAUUCAUGCAGUCAGGAUGAGCUUUGCGCUGCCAGUAUGUUGCACAGCACCUGCAGUGCUGCUGUUGGGACUGAUACUUUUCAUAACACAGGCAGAGACUUUGGACGGAGCAGAGCACGGGAACAUCACAGAGUUUUGUGAAAGCUUGUUCUACUUGAGUCAUAAGAACACAACCCCUGUGGUUUUACUGGAAAUCACAAGAAGCAUUUGUCGAACGUCACUCAACAGCUACUACUUGCAAUGGCCUUUUGGAAUGCUGGCACUGGAGGGAGUGUGUAUGUGGUCGGGCUUCGUCACGUGUACCUACUACGUAUGGAAGAUCAAGGUCCAGCGUAUAGAGAGAACCUCCCAGCUCUUUGUUCGUCGACUCUAUGAAUCUGCUUUCAUCGACCUGUCUCUGCUGCUCAACACCAAGAUGAAGGUGCCACGAGCCCGAAACCAAGAGAGCCACGAAGAGAUGCAGAACUGUGUGAUCUAUCUUUGUGCCACCAUGUGGCAUGAGACCUAUGAUGAAAUGCUUAAAAUUCUCACCUCUAAGUUCAGGCUGGACCGCUACCGAGGUGAUCCAAAGGAGAACCAUAAGGACUGUUUUGACUUUGAGUGUCACAUUUAUGUAGAUGAUGCCUACAUGACUGAAAAGGACACAGGAAAGAGGCUGGUUAACUCCUACGUUACCGACUUGAUCCAUGUUGUCAUAGAGGUUUAUAGGGUGUUUACCAACAAAGAACCCGAUGAUGUGUCGAUCUUUGAAACCCCCUACGGUGGCAGGCUGAUGUUUGUUAUGCCAGAAGGCAACAUGCUCUAUAUUCAUCUAAAAGACAAAGCUCUCAUCAGGAACAAGAAAAGAUGGUCCCAGAUUAUGUAUAUGUACUAUCUACUCGGCUGGAAGGGCUACAUCAUCAAGAACCCUCAGAAGAUCACACGCCAGAAUAACCCAUGCAGAGAGAGCAUGGUCUCCAUGUAUGGAGAAAUUUAUCUGUUGCCUCAGCACGACAAUGACUACAAGAGGAAGUUCAUCUCAGAUGAAAACACCUACAUCCUGGCUCUGGACGGAGACACAGACUUCCAACCUAAAGCUGUGAUUCUGCUUGUAGACAGGUUGAGGAUGUACAAAGCCGUAGGUGCAGUAUGUGGUAGAAUCCAUCCUACUGGAAUGGGUCCCAUGGUGUGGUACCAGAAGUUUGAGUAUGCAGUGGGCCAUUGGCUACAGAAGACAUCAGAGCACGUGUUUGGCUCCGUGCUGUGCAGUCCAGGAUGUUUCAGUCUGUUUCGAGGAUCAUCCUUAAUGGACGACAACGUAAUGAAGAGAUACACAACUACUGCAACAAGAGCUUCGGAAUAUGUGCAAUAUGACCAAGGGGAGGAUCGCUGGUUGUGUACUUUGUUACUGCAACAAGGGUGGCGUGUCGAAUACAACGCUGCAUCAGAUGCAUACACCAACUCACCAGAAGAGUUCAAAGAGUUUUAUAACCAGAGGAGACGAUGGGGACCAUCUACACUGGCUAAUACACUGGACCUUCUGCACAGUGGUGAAGAGACGGUGAAGAGAAACUCGUCCAUCUCCAGGCUUUACAUCUACUACCAGAUGUUCACCGUUGGUUCCUCUAUCCUUGGUCCAGCCUCUGUGACUCUCAUGAUAGCAGGUGCUUUCCAAUUUGUCUUCAACCUCGAUGGUACAGACGCCAUCAUCGUCGCAAGCAUUCCUCCUGUGUUCUACGUCAUCAUCUGUUUUAUAGCCAAGUCCAAUAACCAGAUAACCAUUGCUGCCAUUAUGAGUAUUCUGUAUGCGUUCCUCAUGACUGCAUCCUUCUUUGCCAUCAUCGGUGAUAUGGUGAUUCAGGGCACCUUCCUGACCCCCACUGGCUUGUUUUUGGUUUCAAUGUCAAUCAUGUAUGCAGUGACAGCCAUGCUACACCCAGAGGAAUGGGGAAUGAUCAUCUAUGGUCUGAUGUAUUUCAUCUGUAUCCCCAGUGGAUACCUCCUACUGACCAUCUACUCACUGGUUAACAUGCACAUUGUGACAUGGGGCACAAGGGAAUCCAACAAGGGAGAAGGAGAAAAGAAGAAGAACCAUAACAUCCUGUGUGACAGAAACUGUACACUUUGCUGCUGGGACAUGAAGUUACAGAUAACACAGGAAACAGAGAAUCUGAUGCUUCGACAGAUGACAGGCCAGACUGCACAGCAAGCUCCUCCCCUUCCUAUCACCAACCAGGACUCAUUGAUUCAACAGAUGGAGCCUGAAGCCAAAGUUGAUACAAACACAGAAAAAGCUGUGGAAGGAACUAAGAACCCUCCAACUGACAAACACAAUGGGAUGGAAGGAAAAGGCAAUGACACCAUUUCCUACAGCAGUGAUGACAGUGUCAACAAAAAAAGCAUAUCACCAAGUGUAUACGACGAAGAUGACGUUGAGGAGGAUGAUGACUCAAUGAUUGCUGACCCAGACGAAACAGAGCUUCCUGUCAGCGACUGGGUAAUGCCGGUGAAAGCAGAAUUUUUGAAGAAGCUGACUUAUGCCAACAUGAAGAGAAAUCUACAGGAACAAAUACGCUACACACUCCGUAACAAAAAUGAGGAUGACGUGUGUGAGGAGUUGGUCUUAAUGUUAACAGACACUCUUAACGGAGAGCUAAGUGGAGUGGGGCCUGAAGAUGUUCUGUCAGAAAGCCAGCUGGAGGAGUUAGAAUAUGCCCUGGAAGAGCAUUCUCGGCGUAUCCUUAGAACCAGUCAAAUGGAGAAAUUAGAGAAAAGAGUAACCGCAGCAAUCAAGAAAACACUCACCGCCCCGCAAGUGCAAAAACUUGAUGAAGGUGAGCAGGACUUCUGGAACAAGCUACUUGAGCGCUACUUGAAGCCUAUUGUUGACACCAAAACACAUCUGGAGGAAGUCACCAGAGAACUAAAGUCACUACGCAACAAGGCUGUGUUCCUGUAUUUCAUCAUCAACGUGCUGUGGGUGGUUGCUACCUUCAUCCUGCAGGCCAUUGGAAAUGAUAUCAUCAGCAUCAAGAUCCCGAAAUACUUUCCGAAUGGAACUCUAUCUGAUAUACCCCUCAAGGUGGAGCCUGUGAGUUUGAUGUUCCUGUUGUCUUUUGCUAUUCUUCUUAUCAUCCAGUUUGUGGCCAUGUUAUAUCACAGAGUCUACACUCUGAUCCAUGUGGUGUCCUAUCGCAGCACAGAGAAAGACUACAGACUGAAAGAAUAUGAUGAGGAGGAUGAUGAUGAUGGCUUGACUCUGGAGAACCACAGCGCCAAGGGACUUGAGUUUACCAGUGAUGACCUGUAGACCAUAACAACCAACUUGAACUAAUGAAACCCAGCCACCGGCACACAUUGGCAUCCCCAGUGCCAACAGGUCCCUCCCCAUUUAGCUAUCACAUUGCACUAAAUACAGUGGAUGUUAAUGAUUGGCACAGGGGAAAUCAUUUAUAACAGAUUAAAUAGGCUUUGUUCAACAACUUAAACUGAGUAAUUGUUAAGAUGUGAGCUCAUGUUCUAUAUAAUGGGUUCUUAGAUAGUAGUGUUUUCUAACGAUCAAGAGUUUUGUUUGAAUGUAUCUGCUUUUAAGACUUAUAUUUAUUGUAUUUGAAGUGUGGUUGAAUGCAUCAGGUCCUGAUCCAAAUCGAGGGUCUCUGAAGAUAGACGGUGUUAUGUGGUACAGACUGCACAUCUCAUUGAAGGCUACAAUCAUUUAGGCAGAUUUGAAAAAAAUCCUUGUAGAGGACACACAACCUCGUUAUCAGAAAUUCUACAGAAAGAUGUGUAAUUUGUUGAUUCUUUGUUGUUAUGUGCCUGCAACAAAACCUGUUAUUAAUCACAAUGAGCUAGAUGUAGAUGGAAGCAAAUCAUUUCCAUUUGUCCAAGUACAUGUUUUUAUGAGCUCCUUGUCAAUUCCCACAAAUUGACAGAGACAGUCCUUCGAAGAUUUUUAAAUGCAACAUUUGCACAUGAAAGAUUGUAAGAAAUACUUCAAACAUUUUUCUUGUGAAAGUCUGGUGGAAUUUACACCAUUUCCUUUUUAAAAUGUUGUCAAGAUGGUAUCAUUGUAAUUAUGUACACAACUUGUAACAAUGCACUUUACAGGGAUACAAUGUUCUUGCAAAGAUUUGAGUAAACUCCCAUGGAAACUACUGAAGUGAUUAAAUCAAUUAAGUGGACAGUCUGUAUUGUAAAAUAAAGAUAUCAGCAGCCAA